AUGCGCUCCGUGUUCACCCUCAUCAUCAGCGUUCUACUCCCCCUCGCUGUCUUGGCUGCCCCGCGCGAGACCACCACAGUGCUCGCGCCCGGUGGCCCGAGAUCCCCGGAUGACAUCCACCUCGUUCCCGACAGCGGCAGCCUGCUGCACGUGGGCGACGCGGUCCACAUCCUCGACGACAACGGCAAUACGAUCAAGCACAUCACACUGGAAGCCCCGUCCCCGCUCCUCGAGUCGCGCGCACUCAAAACGGGCUGGAUCACAUACGCGAGCUGGUUCAACCAGAACGCCUCUCCGAUCAAGAACUACACUGCGAGCUGGACCGUGCCCCCUGUGCCAAAGACUGAGCACGGGCAGACCGUGUUCCUGUUCACCGCAAUCGAGCCCGGGGCCGGCGGGUGGAUCCUCCAGCCGGUGCUGCAGUACGGCCCGAGCUCCGCCGGCGGCGGGCCGUAUUGGUCCGUCUCAUCGUGGUACCUCGCCGGCAAGAGCGUGUUCCACACGGCGCCGGUACGCGUUUCCGCCGGCAAGUCCCUCACUGGCGCUAUGACGCUUACUGGGGUUUCCGGCGCGAAGUACAGCUACAAAUCGCGUUUCACGAAUGUUGACGGCACGACGCUGACCGUCAACAACGCGACGCAGCUCGUGUUGAAGGAAGAAGGGGAAAACCAAUGA